GUGGCGUAUGUAUUUAAUUAAAUCAACAUUUCCCGUCUUUUGUACACAAUGUGACAGUCUUGAGAAUACUGACAGAUGCUACAGGGAAUAAUGGCUACCCGUGAGGAGGAUGACGGCGAAGAUUUACAAUCCCCGAUAUUCACAUUUCCUCCGAGUGUGCAGUCUGUCAUUGAACAGGUGUUGCCAAGCAACGAUCCACUUGACCAACCAAACUUCAACGUUGUGGAUUACAUCAAUUCUUUAUUUCCCACUGAACAAUCGUUGUCCAAUAUAGACGAUGUAAUCAGUAAAAUGGAAUUCAAAAUUUGCUGUAUAGAUAAAGAAAUUAGAUCUGUAGUUCGCGGUCAAACAAACGUGGGGCAGGAUGGAAGAGCGGCGUUAGAGGAUGCCCAAAAAGUAAUACGGCAACUGUUCGUUCACAUAAAGGAUAUUAAAGAUAAGGCUGAGCAGUCCGAAGAAACAGUGAAAGAAAUCACAAGGGAUAUUAAACAAUUAGAUUUUGCUAAGAAGAAUCUCACUUCUUCGAUUACAGCAUUGAAUCAUCUACAUAUGCUUGUCGUCGGAGUGGAUAGUUUAAAAGAAUUAACACAGAAGAAACAGUAUGGUGAGAUAGUGUUGCCAUUACAAGCAAUUAUGGAAGUUAUGCAACACUUUAAUAAUUAUAUGGACAUACCUCAAAUAAAACAACUAUCCGAUGAGGUCCAUCAAAUUCACAUCGAACUGGCUCAGCAAAUAACAUCGGACUUCAAAGAAGCAUUCUCUGGACAAAAUGCCAAGCACUUCGCUCAAUUGACUGAAGGUUGCCUGGUACUUUCUGUUUUGGAUCCAAAAGUUAAGAAAGACCUGCUCACCUGGUUCGUAGGCAUCCAGUUGCAUGAGUACUGUCAACUCUUCGAAGAGAAUCAGGAAUUUGCGUGGUUGGACAAAAUCGAUCGGCGAUAUGCAUGGAUCAAGAAACACCUUCUUGACUUCGAGUCUAAGUAUGGUACGAUUUUUCCGCCCGACUGGGAAAUCUCUGAGCGUAUAGCCGUGCAAUUCUGCCACGUAACGCGCGAGAAUCUCACUAAAAUAAUGUACAAAAGGCGGUCGGAAAUAGACGUCAAAUUAUUGCUGUACGCGAUUCAGAAAACAACCAACUUUGAAAAUCUACUGGCCAAAAGAUUUUCCGGCAUUACCUUGGAGAGUCUUGAUACUCAAAUGAAGCCUAAACCUGCACCGGUUAAUGUACUUGAAGAAAAAGUGUCAGGAAAUCCAUUUGAACAAGACACGGUAGUAAGGACCGUGCCGGAGAAGCCUCCACCCUCACAAUUUGCAAACUUAAUAGGAAAAUGUUUCGAACCAUACUUGUACAUCUAUAUUGAAAGCCUGGACCGAAACUUAGCAGAAUUGGUUGAAAAGUUUGUCUCCGAUUGUAAAAAUCAGCCACCUGGGGGAAAAGACCUCGACUCUGCAGAAGGUCCCAGUAGCGUUCUCUCUUCUUGCGCCGAUUUGUUCGUUUUCUACAAAAAGUGCAUGCUACAGUGUACGCAACUCAGCAAUGGUUCCAUUAUGUUAAAUCUCGCCGAAACCUUCCAAAAAUAUCUGCGCGAGUAUGCUCUAAAGCUACUGCAGAACAAUUUACCAAAAAUCGGGGGCAGCAUAGGAAUCACUACAAGCAUGAGUAACAUUACUCGCGACUUUCGGGAUUUAUCAACCGCAGGACUGAUACAAAACUUUCAAAGUCUCUUAAAAGAAGGUGAAAGUACCAGAUUUAGCAGAGAGGAACAGUCUCGAGUUUGUUGUAUAUUGACGACUGCCGAAUACUGCCUUGAGACGACCCAACAGUUGGAAGAAAAAUUAAGAGAAAAAACAGAUAAACGUUACGCAGAAAAGAUCGAUUUAUCCCAAGAACAAGACAUUUUUCAUAAUGUGAUAUCUAAUUGCAUUCAGUUACUGGUUCAAGAUUUAGAAACCGCAUGCGAUUCAGCUCUGACAGUCAUGACAAAGAUCCAAUGGAGUGCUAUCGAAAGUGUCGGGGACCAAAGUGGUUACGUGAGCACAAUAAUCGGACACCUUCGUCAAACUAUUCCUGCAAUUAGAGAUAAACUGUCUUCGUGUAGAAAAUAUUUCACCCAAUUAUGCAUAAAGUUUGCCAGUUCUUUCAUUCCAAAAUUAGUGCAACAAUUAUUCAAGUGCAAACCAAUGAAUGCGGUAGGGGCAGAACAGCUGUUACUAGAUGUUCAUAUGUUAAAGACAGCUCUUUUAGACUUACCAUCUACUGGCUGUCAAAUUCAAAGGAAAGCCCCUGCAACCUAUACUAAGGUAGUUGUCAAAGGAAUGGCAAAAGCAGAGAUGAUUUUGAAAGUUGUAAUGUCACCAACUGACUCCCCAAGUGCUUUUGCAGACCAAUGUCGAAAACUCUUACCAGAUUUACCAACUGCAGAAUUUCAGAAAAUAUUGGAUAUGAAGGGAUUAAGGAAAACGGAACAGAUGCAGUUAGUGGAACAUUUCAAACAAAGUGGCAGCUCUGAAAUCUCCAGGGAUACCAAAAGUGAUUCUAUCCCGGACAGUCCAGAACACGAAGCUGGUAGAAUAAAAAGACUAGAAAAAUUAAUUAAAAAAAGAAUUUAAAUGUCUGUAUAUAAAUGUACAGUAUUGUUGUAAUUUUUAUAUAUGUAUAUGUAGGCAAUUAUAACUGUAACCAAUAGAAAACGAUAAUAAACCGCUCGCAUUAUACUUUA